ACCCCGAUAUUGUUCAAGGGGAAUAAUGGCUGCACAGGAGCCGUCUCCACCAUCUUCCCUGGAAGGCAACAAACCGGGCUUCCCAAAGAAAAUUCUCGCCAACAACCUCGAAGACAAACAUUUGUGCAAUUCGUGUCAGAAAGUCCUGAGAAGGCCUCUGCAAGCUCAAUGUGGGCAUCGCUUCUGCUCGUUCUGUUUCAACAAAAUAGUGAGGUGAGUGUCAUGGUUGCUAGCAUGCUAAGCUAGAUGUGUACAGCCUGUUAGAGCAACCCGAGCUUAUCACAAGACCCCCUUUAAAUAUCUUUCACUUUUACACUUCAUUUCUUGGUGUCACUGGUAUUGCUUACAUGAUAAAAAGAAUAAAGUUGCGGAAUUAUAAGGGGCUCACUUAGUAAUUCGGGCUACACACAUUUCAUCAGUGACCUCUCAAUAUGAAUGAAUUCAUAACUUGCAUGAUGGUUUGACCAAGUGUCCUCCUGUUUAAACCCUCUUAUAACCUCCUCUGUGGCUCAGCGGAGUCAGUGAUAGAACAAAACAUGGUGAAGCAGCGUUUCGGGUUUUUAUCAUCAACGUAAACUCAUCAUCUGACGACAACUAGAUUUUACAGUUAGAAAUAAUAAAAAUGCUUUUCUAAGAAACGAAAAACGAACUGAAACUGCAUCAUGUUUACAAAUCUUGAUAGAAUAAAAUCCAAUCAGGUAGAAAAUGUCUCAAUCCUCCAUCAUUGUCAAGUUAUUUCAAACCAUACAAGCACAAUGACACUUUUCCUUUUUGUUAUCCUUUGGGGAAGCUGUGAUUCUUUAUCCUAUCUCAUUAAAUAGUUUAUUUCAAUCGGUAUUGUUUCAUAUAAAUACAUUUUUUUCAGAACUAUCUUCUUAUCAGUUAUCCCAGAAAGUUUUAUAGGUUUUAUUUCCAAACCAAUAUGAUGUGUUGUUUAUUGUUGUUAUUGGUGGCUGUCUUGCAUAAGUCUGGUCCCACCCAAGAUCUCUGUCUGUUAAAAGGAAGUUUUUCCUUGCCACUGUUACUCACAGUAGAUGAGAUGAGCCAAAUCCCAUUUUAGGUUGGGUCCUGAUAAUUUAUUGAACAAUAAGCGUGGUCUAGACCUGCUCUUUUUCUUUGGAAAGUGUCUUGGGAUGACAACUGUUGUGAAUUGGCACUAUAUAAAUAAAAUUUGAUUGAUUGAUUGAUUGAUUAUUAUUUUUUACUUUUUUACUUCUUCUUCUUCUUCUUCUUCUUCUUCUUCUUCUUCUUCUUCUUAUUAUUAUUAUUAUUAUUAUUAUUAUUAUUAUUAUUAUUAUUAUUAGUAGUAGUAGUAGUAGUAGUAGUAGAAGAAGUAGUAGACACUGAUUUUGUUUUUUUCAUUGUGUUCAUUUGCAGUAGAAAUUGGUACUUGUGAAUCUGGUUUGAUACAAAAUGUGACCAGUUUGGAAAAGUAUGGGAUUGUUUUGAAUAAGUUAUGUUAGCUUAGUCCACAUUCUUCUGUGAUUUUUAUAUUUAACAAAUUUCCAGUGUCACCAACUUCGAAAAAAAAAAAAAAAAAGAUCGAAUAACUCCCCUUUACACUUGAGGUUUGUUCCUGGUGUCUGUAUACUCUGCAUAGGUGAAACUUGUUGAGAUUUAGGAAAAUGGUGGGUUGGGUUGUGGAAAUCAGUAGUGUAAAAGCAGUAUUGUUUUCCCAAGGUCCCUUUUAAUGAGAUAAUUUGUUCAUAAAUAUGCAGCAAUAUUGUCACUGGUCUCUGACCAGCUGCAUAUAAACAAAUUUUCAGAGUACUCAGGCUGCAGCUACUAAAACAGACGUUUUAUUUUUGUUAAGUUAAAACAUUUCUGCAGUCAUCUGGUUGCAGUUUAGAUGCUGGACAAACAAUUAUCAGACUUCAGAAAAUGACUAAACUGAGAAAUUGUAUAAAAUCUACUCUAAAAAGGUUGUCAGGAUUUUUUUAAAUGCAUUUAUCAGUAAACUGAACUGUGACUUGUGUUGGUAUUACACAUGAAGAAGACCUGUUGAGAGCCAAAACUGAGCAGGUUCAAACAUGUGUACAGUAUAUGAGGCAUGAUAGAUGGCACAGUAUUUAUUUAAACAUUGCAGAUAUUUGUCUUUCCCUUUUUCCAGUUCUGGGCCACAGAAAUGCAGUGCUUGUAUUAAAGAAGACUUGUUUGAGGAGCCCACCUCUAUUCUCAAGCAAGGUGGUGUAAGUACAUAUUUUACCCACAUGUUAUAUUUUCAAGAGGACCACGUGAUUACAAUCAAAACAGCAUAUGUGCGUAGUAAAGCCCCAAGGUUUGUUGACUUACUGAAGAGGCUGUGACUCAGCAUAGGUUUCAGCCAGGUUUGGUAUUUUUGAGAUGCAGGUGUUGAGCGCAAAGUUCUUUUAGGAGUCCAACAAGUCUUUGAGUAAUUCUGAAAGUCUGCACCAUAAUAUCAUUCAAUAGCAUAUCAAUAUCAAAGAGCCAACACAACCUUAAAAUUUGUGGCUGCAUUAUAACUCUAAAGAAGUGAGGUCAAGCAUUCUGCAUGAGUUUGUAACUGUAUCCCUCAGACUGUAACUGAAGACAGAGUGUUGUUGCUAAAAACGACUUCUUUUUCUCCAUGCAGGCUUUCCCUGACAAUGCAGCAAGGAGGGAGGUGGAGGCUUUGGCAGCGGUCUGUCCAAAUGAAGGAUGCACAUGGACGGGAACUAUCAAAGAAUUUGAGGUGCAAAUGAAUGAAAGGCAGACUGAGGAGUGAAUACACACCCAGUCAAAUGUUAGAUACGUUUUAAAAGUGGCAGGUGUGUUAGUUUGCUCUAUCAGCCAGUAACUGUUGAGUGAUGUGUGCGUAUGUGCAUCUGCCCUUAUAAAAUCCUUUUCACAGAUUCACGUUCUCUCAUAAGUAAUGUCUCAGCAAUUUAUGACAUUUUAAGGGGCAUUUAUUUUCACAAUAUUGAUAUUAGAGCUUUUCAAAAAGCUUUUUUCAAUUGCUGCAACUACUGAAAGUCAUGCACAGUAUCAUCAUUAUAACAAUUUACAUGUAAUAUCAGCUUCACAAAAAAAAUGUUUUCUACAGCAUGCUUAGAGACAUUUUUGUAUGUCUGGAUUGUUGUUCUUGCUGUUGGAUCGGAGGCACUGAUCAUUUUGAACACCAAAGUCAAAACACAAACAAGUUACCUUAUUGAGUCAGUAUUAACCAACAACUUCCUUCCUUUUGAGGUUAAAUUACCAUUGUGUCAGUGGAGUGUUGUGGCUCUAUAGAGAGAAGAACAGGCUGUUACUUGUUAAGAUAGGAGCACUGAACUCAACAUGAUAAUUCAAUUCAAUUAUAUUCUAUUAUACUGGAUAUUAGAUAUACUAUAUAUGUUAUAUAAUAUAUAAAUCAUAGUAGAUACACAGAUAUUCCAUGAAAAUUAUGAUAAUAAAAAUAACAAUCUAAAGAUUAAAUAUCCCUUAGGUAGGUGCAAUCAACAGCAAAGCAGAUCACCAUGUUGAUUUGAAGCAGACACUCCCAGUUAAGUUAUAUAACUGCUGUGUUAUUGUUUGUUAUGUUUUCUUUCAUCAUCCCCCAUACUUGGUUAUCAUACAGAACAAUGCCCCCAUUUGUCAACAGAGCUGUCAAUCAGGAUGUCAUAUCUGCUUUUUUAAAUUUUUUAAAAAAUGAUCACUUGUGCAUAAAUCAGUGUAUCUAGGAAGAACUAUAAUGACAGUAAUAAUGUUUGAGACAAAUUUAUUUAUUUGGUGUAUUUUGAUUUAAUAGUUGAGCAUCUGUCCCUUGUAUUAACAUUACAGAGGCAGGGUUUAAGACCUAUACUGCAGCCAGUCACAAGGAGGAGCUCUAAAUCCUCUUACUUCAGGUCAAAAAGAUCCUCAUGAUGUCCAUUUUAUACACAGUCCAUGUUCAUCAUCACUGCUUCUUAGAACUACCUCUUGAUUAAAGCAAUAUGAGUUGUUUUGGCUCCACUGUCAACAGAUUUACAGGCUGUUUCUAUGUAGUUUUUUCAGACAAAGCUACUGUUUAAGAAGUGCUGGCUACAAUAUUCUGUUGAACGAAAAUGACGAGUUCUCCAAGUGUGCACUUUAAAUGAUAUGCUCAGGUCCUUUAGAUCUAUAUUUUGUGCACAUGUAUCAAGUUUUUUAGGGUUUUAAAAAUUAUUUGAUCAUAAAUCAACAGAGGGUCAAAGCCUCUUUUCCUGCCUGGUAAACAGGAUAUCUGGGAAAUCAGCCAGGAACAUAAUGUCUCACAAUGUCUUAGAGUCAACAUAACAUUAACAGAUCUGGGAAUACUCUGUCCGACUUUCCUGGCAAACAGCACCUGACCUUACAAAUAUCCAUGCUUAGUAUAAACCAUCUAUAAAUCAAUUUUUUCCCUCCUAAGCUCACGGACACUUUGAUGUCUGUGGUUUAGGAGUGUCUUGAUAUUGGGAAUUUGGCUGUUGUAAGACGUCUGUAUGUCGUGGCUCUUAAUGCACUUCCACCUGCCUCACUUCACUCCUCAUAAAGCUUGUCCAAAUUCUUAAAUCAGGUUUUUUUGACUCUUCUCUCAAGGCUGCUAUUAUCUGUAUAUUGCUGUUGUUUGUAUGCACUAUUCUACCACACCUUUCCCUUCCAGCUAACUUCCCAUUAAUAUGGUUCAAUACAGCCGCCUGACUAUCUGUGGAUCACUGUCUUAAUGGAGGGUGUCCAUGAUUGUCUUCUGUACAACCAUCAGCAAUCUUACCCGUAACUGUGUUGGCAUGACUAAGAGAUAAAAGCUAUUUGUUCAGUUUGAAUAGUGAUUUACUCAGAUUUAAAAUCGAUUGUUCUAAUUUUUUGAGAAAGGCCGUUCUGUAUUCUUCAGCUGAUCAUUCAAAAGCCAAACACUGCCUGUUGACAACCUGAACUACCUUUCCCAAGUUAAAAAGUACAAGACUUGAGACAAAUAUUAAGAAGAGUUUAAAAGUGUAUUGUUGUCAUCCUGCCCUCAGACCAACCAUGAGGGCAACUGUGACUUCAUGAUCAUCCUGUGUCCCUCCUGUAAAGAGCUGAUGAGAGCUAACGAACAGGAGCGCCAUAACGAGAGAGAGUGUCCAGAGAGGACGCUCAACUGCAAAUACUGCAAAGAACCAUUCCUGUUAAAGAACAUCAAGGUCAGGUGACUCUCCAUCGUGAUAAUCCAUCAAUGCUAAGUGCUGUGCCAAUAUAAACCUUAAUUUUGUGGUUUGAUUGAAAUGUUGUUGUAUAACCGUACCAUUACCUUUAACGAAGGACUGCAGCAGAGCCUGUGUUACUGAUAUAGAGAACUUAAAGGGAUAAGAGACUACAUGAUGGGAUAUGGGACACACAUUAUAUGAUAGAUAUCUCUGUAACCUUACCGUCACACUCUGGUUCUUAGAUCUUAACUGAUGUCCAUCCUGGUGAAGGUUUUUAAGGUUUGCUCACUGGUCUGCCCUGAUAAGUUUGAAAAGGUUCAAUAUUUAGGAUUUCAAAAUCUAGAUGAUCAGGUCAGUCCUUUCCUGCUGGACCCCCAUUAUUUAAUAUGACAGAUAGAAAACAAGAGUAGACCUUGUGGCCCAUGAUGCCAAACUUAACUUGCUAUAGAGACACUAAUUUUUGUUGAAAGAAAAUUCUGUGUUUAAUUUUUUUCAUAUAAUGAAUACACUGGGCAUUAGGCCUGGACGAUACAGAAAAAAAGCAUAUCGAUAAAAAAUAAAUCAUAUUGAUCGAUAUCGAUAAUUAUCGAUAUGAUUAUUAUAAUUAUUUAACAUAUAUUUUAAUUGCAGCCCUGGAUGUUUUUAUGCUAUUGCUUAAUGACCUACUUUUAAUAAAGAACACACAAGCACUGAAUUCAAAUUCAAACCUUUAUUCAACCACCUUUUUUUUUUUUUACAACUGAAAGUUUUUUAAAAAAGAAAAAAAAAGAAAUCAACUUAAGUGGCCUGAGUGACAUCAGUAAAUACUGACAAACAAAGACUAAAGUGACCAGAAAAUCUGAUAAAUAAAUAUUUAAAUAGUCUUUUGAUGAAAAUAAACAAAACAAACAAAUAUAUAAAUAAACAGAAUAGCUUUAGGUGGGAAUAGCAUACUACCAGGUUUAACUGUGUGGGAAACUGCCCACAGCCUGGUGUCUGAACACUAAAAUAUUUCUCCCGGGGUCGGGAGAUUUAUUUUUUUUAAAUUAUCAUGUGAUUGACUUAAUACACAAACUAAGCACGAGAAGCAGGACUUAUCCACGCCGGUGUUGUGUCGUAGAAUGCACCCCUGCCGAAUGCACCCCCUGCUAGUAGCCAUGAUCCAAAUACUCGCGUCUUUGUAAAAUAUGAGCUCAUUUUCUUCCACUUUAAGAAGCUAAUGAGUGGACGGGAUACAGGGGUGCAUUCUACGGUACAACACCGGAACGUAUUUCCUCCGCACCCUUCUCACCUUUUCAACCCCUGACCCAUUUUCAUGCCUGAAGCGCUGUGUUUGAGAAAUACUUGCGGCCGGGCACUUCAUAUCGCGGGUCGAGAGUGGCUAGAAGCUGGUCGAAGCCAGGCUUUUCAACGGUAGUUAUUGGCAGUAUGUCCCUCGCUAUGAAGCAUCUUACUGCAUGGGUGAUGUCCUUAUGCCGCUCGAACGCUUUGUCGUAUUUUGGCAAGAAACGAAGUCCAGUUUGGUCUGCUUCACAUGCUUUGUGCUGGUGCUGGCAGCGGUUCCAGAGGAUUCCUCCUCCGACGACGUGGAGCCGCGGCGCGGCCGACACAGCUCGUACUCCUGCGGCUGCGAUCGGUUUAGAUGGUAAAACAAGUUGGUUGUGUUACCAGACUUGGUUUUUACUAAUUCUCUGCAAAUUUUGCAAACGACCGCGGUUCGCUUUUUGUCAGACUUCUAAAAACCAAAACAUUGCCAUGCUGGUGAACUACUGAAACCUUUUUUCGGGACAAUGUCCUCCGCUUCUCCUUGCUGUAUCAUUUUUUCUAAUACACGUGCUGUCUGUUGUGGUUUGAGAGGGGCUGGGCUUGGUGCCGUAGCGUACCUGGGUCUGCGUUUGUGAUUGGUUGGGAGGAAGUAAUGACUGUAGUAAAAGCUACAUGAUAGGCUAUGAUGAAAAAGAAAGGGAAACUGUGUUUUUCUAUCGAACUUUUUAUCGACCCGUUUUUUUUCUAUCCUACCACACGUCUAUCGAUCGAUAUAUAUUGUUAUCGAAUUAUCGUCCAGCACUACUGGGCAUACGAUAUUCCAAUGGCUUCUUUGAAAUCUUCUGACUGAUGCUGACUUGCCAGAAGUUAAACAAAUUGCUGAUAAUCUUGUUGCAAACUUUCAAUACUUCCAAUAUCUGGAACCAAAGUUACUGCUAAUUUGUUUGUUAAUAACUUAAAGUCCCACUCCGAUAACUUUUUUUUAACUACUUAAAGUGUUCUCAGUGGUCGGUAAAUUUCGAUUAUAAAGUUUUUAGCCAAAAUCACGUUACCUGUGUCAUUUUUAAGGGCUUUUCUUGUGCAGAUCUCCAGUAGCUCAUUAGUAAUUCACCUCUGAGUCGUGGGCGGAGACAGCGCUGCUCUGCACCCUCCCCUUCACGCUAGCUAGUAGCCUAAUGUUGCCAAUGCAGCAGGUAAUAUAGCAGUUAUUCAACUAUCGGACACUAAUGUCUUUAGGAACAUGAUGAAAGCUAACAUCGUAAUUAGCUUUCUUAUGAGCAUUGCAACCCGCUAUCGUACACACUUGUUCUGCAAUCUUCCGCUCUACUUCUCAAAGUCUGGCCUGUAGAGCGGAGUGAAGGGGGCGGAGCUUGAAAUUGUGACAUAGAAAUUCUCACUGUGUCUCAUCCUGCCUUUUGGGUUUGCCAGAGAUUCACAGCGAUUUGAACGCAGACAUACUCAGAAAUACAAUUUUGCACUUAGUUUCCUCAUGAUAUGUCCUCUAGCAUCAGAAAAAAAUGUCAUAUGAACAUGUAAAUAACAGGAAAAACAUGAUUUUCAUCAGAGUGGUUCUUUAAUGUGUAGCACAAAUGAAGGAAAGGUUGACAGUGUGACGUUUCUGUUGACGUGGACUAACUUAGUUUGAUUUCUUUUAGGCUCAUGAUGAAAUCUGUCCGAAGUACCCGAUGAUCUGUGAAGGUUGUGCAAAGAAAAAGAUUCCCAGAGAAAAGGUAUUUCAUAAAUUUAUUUUAAAAUAAUUUCUCUCAUAAUUCUGUUAGACUGAUCUCAUUUGCCAUUCAGCUAAGGAAAUUCUGCAACAUAUACUAAACAUCAUUAGCUUUUUUCAUUUUUUUUUUUUGUUUUGCAGUAUGUGGACCAUAUUAAGUUCUGCAGUAAAUUUAAAGCACCAUGCAGAUUUCAUGUUGUUGGCUGCGAUACGUCUGUAAGUAGACAUCUUUGUCAUAAUUUGCUGUAUGUGUAACAGUGGCUAAUGAAACAACUGCUGGAUCAUGGGCUUACUCUGCAAUUGACCAAAAUUCACCAGUUAGUGGAUGGAAAACCAGGUGGAUGUAUCAGUCUGAUAAUGUAACUUAAAUGGAGAAAUGAAUGCAAUUUCCUCUGGUAUGUUAACCAAUAUGAUGUAAAAAAAAAAAUCAAAUAUGUUUUUAUAAGAGACCACUUCUGUUGAAUUUCCCUGGUUUACCAAGAAGUCACAUUAUUCAGCAGUUCUUACAGUAUCAGUUGCUUCAUGCCUGUAAAUAACUGUUGAGUAUGAAGCCUGUGUGUGUAUAUAUGCCUGCCUGCAAACAGUACUCAUCUAAAGCUGCAUUGCACAUUGGAUGCUGAGGCUUUAUCUUGCUUGCACUGCUUUCUUCUGCUCUAUGCUCUGGUUUAAAUAUAUUUGGUUUAUUAUCUGAAUCAACAUUAUCACUUUAUCAGUAGCAUCUUCUGCACUCAUAAUUUGGGAUGUCAUGUUUGCUACUUCCAGCCAGCACAGUUCCUGUAGUGUCACAUAAACUCUAAAGUAGUUUAUGGGAUACCUAUUACAAUGAAUGAAUGAGCUGUAUACCUUGCUCUGUGAGUGAAGGCAUCAGGCUUGACUUUAGCCCUGUUAAAAAAAAAAAAGUAGCAAAUUAAAACAAAUAUAAAUUUACUUAAUAAUAUUUAUUAACAAAUGACAAAUUGCACAUUAGCACACAGCAAGAAGAAGUGAGACUUCCACAUUAACAUUUAGUGCAAAAAGAUAGACAGACAUAGAAUAAAGAGUGAACAGAAUCGCUGUGUUGCUGUUUAUGAUAUUGAUUAAAGGAAGAUUGAUUAAAAAGAAAAAGAACGGAACGCUGGAUCGGCGUCAUUCAUCAGAUAUCCAAUUCUGUUAAUUUGUCAAUAUCAGAGCUGAUAUCUGAUCCAAAUAUCCGAUUGGUGCAUCCCUAAACAUAAUAUAAUAAAAUAUCUGAAUGAAGUUCAUGUGACCAAACUCCCAUAAUGCCUCUGUACUACUCCACAUAAGCCAGCAAAUCUGCAGUUUAUCCUAUGAUUUAGUUCGGAGUCAAACAGGAAGAGGAAUUGUGUUAACGCUUAAUUUUAAAGAGUUUUCUCAGCUUGUAGUUUGAGAACUUUUGAGAGAUGAGAGAUGAGAUGAGAGAUGAAACUACUACUUAAACUACUUCUCAGACUUAAAAUAUAAGACCAUACUGGAGCAGCUAAGAGGUCCUGCCAUCAUGUCUGAAUAAGUUUUAGAUCUAUAUUUUGUCUCAGCUAUUCAGGGGCAACAUUUCUGACUUUCUUUUCUGUGUAGCUUUCGGCUUCAUGUCGUUGAUGUUAUACGUAAAUACAAAUGUUCAGGGUAGCAGUUUCCUUCAUGGCAGGUUGUAUUUUCUUUCAUAGUUGCAGACCUCUCUAUUGCAGUGUCAUUUUGCCAGUACUAUCCUUUGUAUCUGUCAUUCGAAAACUGAAGCUCCUGAUUAGUUUAUUGUGAUGCUAAGUCUUGUCUGUGUCUAAGUGGAUAUGCACAAGAUAAAUUUUUACCCUUUUUUGAGAUUUUAAGCUGGACCGAGCUCAACAUCACAAUAAAAUAGUUUAGAGACAUCUAUUACACUAUUUUCAGAAGUUUUUUUAGCUUUAUUUAAAAAUCAGAAUUUCACAAACCUUUAAGGGUAAAAUGCUUUUGAUAGGAUUUAAGCAACAUCAACCUCCUAAUAUUGCAAACAACUUAAAUUUUUGUUGUCUAUGACAUUAUUUUUCUUUUGUCAUUAAUAUUUCAUGGAUAUGAUUUAUUUGAUUUGUUCUAAAUGGGUACCUGCUUCCUGUUCUUUGUUGCCAAGGUGGAAAAAGAGAAGAUCCAUGACCAUGAACGGCAGUGUUCCUAUGAACACCUUAACCUGCUCCUGCAUUUCAUCAUGGGCAUCAAGGUGAGCCUGGAGAGCCUGCAGCCCCAGAGCCUGGAGAUGGCCAGCCACAAGCUGCAGGAGCUCCACCAGUCCCUCAGAGACCUGGAGCUGAAGAUGAACCAGCUGGGUGGGGGUAAUGCAGCUCCCGUGCAGGGUGCGUGUGCCCCAACCCUGGCCACGUCCUUCACCCCACUGCCCAGCGCCAUGGGUGCCGCUCUGGAGCUGCAGCUUCAGAGCGAGAAGACGAAAGUAGCCGAGUUGAGCCGCUGCUGCCAGGAGCUGGAGCUGAAAGUCAGUACGUUUGAGAACAUUGUCUGUGUCCUCAAUAGAGAGAUGGAGCGUUCCUGCACCACCAUGGAGGCUUACAACCGCCAGCACCGACUAGACCAGGACAAGAUUGAGAUCCUCAACAACAAGGUGACAAAACUCCUCUCUACCAUGUUUUUGUCAUGAGUGAUCAUGUUAAAUUUUCUCCCAAUAUCUUGGGAAAGUUAAAUGCAGACAGUAACUGGAAGGGGAAUCAGUUUAGAGUCUGUUUCGAUAGUUUUAAUCAAGACUUAGAUAUUUAGUGCCAGAGAUACAAUCACUGUAUUACAGAGGGGGAUGAUAUAUUGUAUUAAUAUUUUGUUCUUCUUUAAUGCCAAUGCCAUAAAUGUUAUUGAAUUACACCACAUGUUCAUCUUCAAAUGUGCAUAGAUAUGCUUGGUGUAUGGCCACAUGACAACAAUGUGCAUAAAAAAGUUUAUGAAUCAGGCAACAGCCAGCACAGAAUUAUUAUUGACACCAGGUGUCGUUUUACAAGGGUCCUCUCUGAGUUUUGCUGGCCUGCUAAUGUCCAGGAGGUCAUGUGAAGUAGGAUCUGGGAGGGCUAGAUCUGAUAAAAGAUGUGGACGAGUUCACCAGAUCCUUUAGAAAUAUGCCAAACUGUCCUUCCUCAGUUCUCCUGGGAAAGAUUAAGAAAAGUAUAUAAAGUAUAAGUUAACUGUGUACUGCCAUGUGUUUCUGUGCCGCAGGUUCGUCAGCUCGAGAGGACGGUGAGUCUGAGGGACCUGUCCAUCGUGGAGAUGGACGGUAAAAUGAGGGAAAUGUCUGCGGCCACAUAUGACGGCAUCUUUGUCUGGAAGAUCUCUGAUUUCACCAAGAAGAGACAAGACGCUGUAGCUGGUAGAGCACCUGCGAUGUUCUCUCCUGGUAAUCAUCUCUUAUAAUGAUCAACAUCAGAGCUAUAAUCUGAAAUGUAAAUAAGCUUAUCCACCUUAUCAAGGGAACAGAAAAGAAAAUCAACUCUGUUGUUGUGUUGUGUUUUCUAGCCUUUUAUACCAGUAAAUACGGCUAUAAGAUGUGCCUGCGGAUCUACCUGAACGGUGACGGUACAGGCCGAGGAACCCACCUGUCUCUGUUCUUUGUGGUGAUGAGGGGACACAGUGACGCACUCCUCAAGUGGCCUUUCAACCAGAAGGUCAGUUUAUACAAAAUGCUAUGAAACAACAGGAAUUAUUGUGAGCAAAAAAGAAUUUAUGUGCACACUUAAUAUCCGAAUCAUAUAUAUACAAUUGAUUCGGUUUCUUUUUGGGGAUGAUAUUCUAGAUUUUAUUCUAAUUGAAGGCUGUACUGUGGUAAAGUGGUUAGUACUGUUACACCACAACAUUCCCAGGCAAAGGCAUUUCUGUGUGGAUUCAGGCACUGUUAUCAUUACAGGGUAUCCAGGGUCUUAAAAUGUCUAAAAUCCAAUAAUUUGAAUUAAAGGCCUUAAAAUGUCUAAAAUUCCCGUAAAAUUUCUUAAAUAUAUUUUUUGAAGUUCUUGAAAAUUUAUUAAUUUUUCUUCUCACUCUCAAUAACCGGGCAUAGCAACAGCAGCGCGGUUAAAUCUACUCGGCACCCUCGCUGUCAACAUCAGGUGUUGAAUAAGGGACCAUCAAUAAAUUACCUGUUGAUGUUCUCAAAAAAGGCUGUUUUCCUUCAAUAGCUUCCAUGUCACGUGACCAAUUGACAUUGUUGAUUUCAAAUAAUAGUGCUUAAGUCGACUAAUAAAACACACAUUAUUUAAUCAAUUUUUAUUGUGCCCCUAAAGUUCUUUGUGUGCUCCUUACUUGAGCUUGGGAGCACAUGUGCUCCUUCUGAAAAAAGUUAGUGUCAAGCCCUGCAGUAUGGAUGUAAAAUGGGUCUUAAAUUUUAUUCAUCACGGUCUUAAAAAAAAAGUCUUAAAUUUGACUUGUUGAAAUCUGCAGGGACCCUGUAUUGAGACUUUUUUGUGUUUAUCAUUGAUGCAUUGUGUUUUUAAAUGAUAAAAAUCCACAAACAAAAAGCAUUUCCUAUCUGUAGUUUGGUAUCGAAAUUUAAAUGGGUUGUUGCCCUGAUAUUUUAUCAUUUGACAUCAUGUAGACUGGAACCUUACAAGUUGGUGAGUUUUUCCAGUUUUUCCUGAGCAGUACAGCUCUUCUCCUCCCAUCUGUACCCAGGUCACGCUAAUGCUGCUCGACCAGAACAACAGAGAGCACAUCAUCGAUGCCUUCCGGCCGGACAUCUCCUCCUCGUCUUUCCAGAGGCCGGUCAGUGAUAUGAACAUUGCCAGUGGAUGUCCGCUCUUCUGUCCGCUCUCAAAGCUGGACUCUAAAAACUCCUACAUACGAGAUGACACCAUCUUCAUCAAGGCCAUUGUAGACCUCACCGGGCUCUAGUUAAGUAACAAAGGCAUAAAUCCAACCAUGCAUUUGGUUGCUCAGCAGCUUGAUUCACAAGGCUUUGUUUCAUCCAGAAAUUGGCAUUUCUUUUUAAGGUCUGGUUGUACUUUUGGUUUAGGUACAAAAUGUUGGCAGCAAUAUACAAGAUCAGAUAAGGCAACAAACUUUUGCAGUUGUUAUCAAGACUUGAUCACCUACCAAAGAGACUAGAGGAGUGAAAGCAGUGUAUGUGCCAGUAUCUGGGUGGUGACAGAUGUUAAUUUUCACCAUGUAGAAGAUCCUCAUACAGCAGAGGUUUUCCGAGGUAGGACAUAAUUCUUGUAAAAUACUUCUAGUAGACAGCCUGAUUAGUGUUGUCAUUAAUCUCCAGUGUUUGUCCUGUGGUAUUUGGUGCCACAGUUGAGGAUUAUCAUGUUCAGUUUUACACUAGAUUAAAGAGCAGUCAGAUUGAAAUUGAUUCAGAUCAUCUUAAUCCAUCUGUGGACCACUGCGUUAAAGCCUUCAGUCUUGGUUAUUUGGAUCUUUCUCUUGAGUCAGUCAGUAAGUACCCAUGUUUGAAUGAGGUUGUGAGUUUGCAAUGGGAUGCUUCUUUGUUGAAACAGAUUAUUGCAAUGGUGAGGAUUUGUCAAUUUCAGGCAGCGACCCUGAAAAUUCAUCUCUGCUUUACAGUCUGUUUUUCUCAAAAUUAGGAUAUAAUUAGUAAAGAGAACAUCAUGCUUUAAUGUGGAAGACUUGAAACUAAUAAUUGGAUAAAAAUUACAUCAAGAGAUAAUAAAUCAGCUCAGAAGAAGCGUCAUUUUCUGGUAGACUUUCCUUUAAAACAACAGAGACACUCCUUACUCGUCUUUGAAGAGAAUACACUUGACUGCACUGCACUUACUUCAUUUCUGAAAGCAAGAGGUGAAUUCCAUCUUUAACAGUCUAUCUUGUACAAAAUAUUAAUUUGAGGUUAGGAUGUUUUAUCUGGUUAAAAGGAUAUGAGGUUCAUUGGCAUUUAAGUACAUGAACCUUGAAUGUACACUGUAUUUUGCUGCUUUGAGAAAUAACCUGGACCUUCAUUUACAGCUAACAUGUCCAGCAUAUAUCGAGUCCCUGAAAUAAUCAAGUCAAAGGCUAAUCUGUGUUUUCUGGUAACUUGAGAUGGAACUUGCAAACACAUUGCUAGCAAGCUUUUACUCGUAUCACUUCACAUAAACAUCACACAAACUCAUAGACACAUGAGCAUGUUCUACAUUUUAGUAAGCGAGAUGUUUUACUCUAUUCACUUGCUGUUCAUUAGUUUUUUUGUAUCCUACUGCCAUAUUUAACACAGCUGUGCUGUCACUGAUUCCAAGACUGCCUUAAAGGCUUUCUCAAAGGAAGUUCUUUCAUCCCAGAACAACAGGAUGCCACUGUACAUGCCCUUUGUUGAAGUGAACACUGAACCAUUGUUUUAACACUAUAGCGGGAUUAUAGACACUUUUAGGAUAACACUUUUUUGUUAUAAAGAAUUUAAAAUAAAGUAAUACACACAUGUGAUAAAAGUCAUAAAUAACUAGAAAAAAAGUUUAUUUCCAAAAUUAAACAAAUGAAAGUAAAGUUGAUGAAUUUACAAAAAUAAUUUUACAACAUUAGUCAUCAAAUCUGAACAGUCACUUAAGGAUAAAGUCAUAAUUUUAUCAGUAUAAAGUGAAUUGAUAAGAAAAAAAACUGAUAAUUCAUCAGAAUAAAGUUAACUAUGUAGAAAAAGGGUAAAUAUAAAAGAAUGAAGUCAAUAAACUCAGAAAAAUUUGAAACCUUUUAAGAGAAAAAGUAAUACAUUUGUGGAAAUAAAGUUAUAGAUUUAUGUGAAAAAGUUUUUGUCAAAAGUUGUAAAUUAUGAGAACAAAUGAGUGAAUCUAUCAGGAUAAAGAUGUUAAUUCACAAGAUUUAAGAAAUUUAUUAGAACAAACUCACGAUCUUACAAGUUAAAGCUUCGAUUUUAUGAGAAAAAGGUUGUUAGUAGAGGUUACAGCUAAUUCAUAUGUGGCUAAAAUACUUACAAUUUUACUUUUUUUCAUGGAAAGUUAUGACUUGGAUCGUACAGAUUUAUGUCUACAGUCUCACAGUUUUAUGACGUUGUUCCCUUUGAUAUCUGACUGAAGUCUCAAAGACUGUAUUGUACGUUUACAACUUUAUUCUUGUAAAUUUACAAAUUCAUUCCCAUACAUUUGCAGCUGUGAUCAUUUAAAUGUAGAACCUCUUCUCAUUUACGGUUUUAAACUAUUUUUUUCUCUUUAAUUUCGGACCUCAUCUGCUCUAGCACAUCUAAGACCAUGACCUUGCUCUAAAUCCAACCAAGUGUUGUCCUUUAUAACUUGGCGGCAUUUGGUUUCACAUUGGACAGUGGUCACCUGGAUGAAAAGCUUGAAUUUGACACAUCAGCUUUAACAUAGAGCAGAAGGUUACUCUUCAUGUUGAUAAAUUUCUUGGAAGCUUUUUUUUUUUCAAUCAAAACAGCUGUUUUCAGAAAAUUCUAGAUAACAGCAGUAAACCAAAACAUUCAAUCUGAGGAAAUCUGAAAGAGCUGGCUUGAGCUCGGGAAAGCUACAGAACCAUGUUAGCUUUAUCCGUAGGUAUCAUUGUGUGUGACUCCUUUCAUAUACUGCUAGUUGUAAUUUUGCCAGUUUAGAAACACAUAAAUAGUAUUAGUGCAGCUAAGAAUCAAGCAGUGUUAAAAUAUAAAGUGCUUUUGAUGCAUACACUAUUUUUGUUAUCUGAUUCUCACCUAGGUUUUGUAUUGUAUUUUUAUAACCUUUAAGUUUAAUAAUUCAAAUACCAAUACAUUUCCUGAUACUUUCUUUGAAUUAAACUUUAAAAAAAUGAGCCUUCAACCAGUGCCAUCGUAGCUUGUGUAGAUUUCAACAGUCUAGAAACACAACACUAGGUUAGGUAGGUCAAGGUGCUCGUGCUCACUGUGUUUGGACUGCUCGCCAUUCAGUCAACUCAUGACUUUUUCACACUUUGUUCUUCAGAGUUCCAAUAACAGUGUGACACACAUGUAGCCUUCAGAGUAUCACUAAGCUUUGCACAAAGUUUGUAGUGCAGUCGGACUUUAAAACUUGUUUACUGUUUUUGAACAUCUAUGCCUCUAACUAUCAAGUCCUGUGUUUGAUGGUAGUCAUUUGUGGUGGUGAACAUUGCUUGAAUUCCAUGAAUUCUGAGUGCAGUAUUUCAGUUGUGAAUGGUGUGUGUGUGAGUGUGUGCAGGUUGUGUGUGUGUGAGUUGGAAUUGUUCCAUUUCUGUAAUGUUAGAUAAGGUGUUAGUUUGCAUGUUGGAUCUGUGGAAGAUGCACUGUAGUGUGAAACAGCUUGUGAGCUGUCGGUCCUAGAAAAAGAUGGUAAUCAAGCUGAUUUCCCCAAAUGGAAAUAUGACAUAUUUUAUAUUUUGAAAAAUAAAAACAGUAAUAUUUGCAUCUAAAUUCUGAAAGAUCCAUAAAUACUUUUUCAUAUUGAAGGUAAAAUAUAUAAAUGUUGCCUGCAUCAGUUUUAUCAAAAUAUUCUGUUUGUGCGACAAACUGUGAUUUUAAAAUUAGGCAUCUGUAACGGAUAUUGAAACUGACAAAUAUGGAUAGAGAAUAUAUUUGUAAAAUAAUACCAACAACAAAUAUGUCUACCCCAGUGUCUUCACAAAUAACUCAUCUUUAUUUCUACCUACCUUUCUACCUCUAUUUAAAAACUUAUUAUUAAGGAUCAAAACAAGCAAUCUUUAGAGAUUAUGGAUCUAAAAUGGGGGGCCUGAGUUGAUUUAUAGUGAAAUUAAAGUUUGGUUCCCAUCUGGGGGAGCUCCAAACUGUCUUUUUCUUCUUUGCGUGUAGAGGUCUUUCCAGGGUAACCAAAAACAAGUGUUUCCCCCAGAGGCUGAUGUCUCACAUCUGUGUUAUCAAUGUGUUGAGCUUCUACUUGAUUGCUCAUACAGGUGCAUCUCAAAAAAUUAGAAUAUUAUCAGAAAGUUGAUUUAUUUCAUUAAUUCAAUUAAAAGUAAAACUCAUAUUAUAUAGAUUCAUCACACACAGACCUUUUCAGUUUGAUGAUUUUAACUCGCAGCUAAUAAAAACCAAAAUUCAGUAUUUUGAACUGAACUAUUGAAAUUACCUUUUGAUGCUAUUCUUACUCUAAUUUAUAAAGAUGCACCUGUAUUUGGUUCUACUGUCACUUUUUGGACAAGCCAACACAAUUGUUACCGAAGUACCUGUUAAUCAAAUCUUUGCACAAAGCCCAACAUUAAACCUACCUAAUGUAACAUCGAACGUAAAAAACUAUGUUUGUUUGAGAUUAGUCUUUUAUGAGAUUGACGAACAAACCUGCUCUUAAAAACUUGACUGAGGGGAGAACAGGUACCAUGGUGACACACAUAUGCAGAUUUAUAAAUGACUUUAAGCUGAUAUAGGAUUGAUUUUUAAGUAUAACUUUUGAAUACAAAUGAGUUUCAUAAAAGAGUUACAUAAAAUGAAACAACAAAAAUCAGAUUUUUGGAGAGAUGUGUGCUGUGAUGUCAAUGCACGGCCUAAAAAUGAUCAUUUUUACUAAACCUCAACCUCUUAAGUACCUGAAACUAAACCACUAUUUAUUUAUUUUUAAUGUGAGAAGGUCUUAGUUAUAGUAUACCCAAGUUAUACUUUCGUUUAAGUACAUUUGCCUGUGAAGUAUUCAGCAGUACUUAAUAAUAGUGGUCACAAGCUCACCAACAUGAAAACGGCUUGUCCAUCCAGAUUAAAAACCACUUUUUUUCAUCCUUGUUAAGAGAGAAUACAUCCCAAGAAUAUGUGUGAAAAAACUCCCUCUGUAGUAGUUUAACAUUGAUGUUAAUCCUGCCACGUUACUAAAAGCAGAAAAUAUCCAGGCUUUUGAAUUCUUUGUGAAGACACUGAGUGAUAUUUCCACAUGGGUGCAGCCUGUAGGUGUGCGUAGACAGACGCGUGAUAGCUGGAACUGAGAAAGAAGAGAGCUGAUGUAUUAAAAGAGGAAAUGUUGAUGUUAUAAUAUUUUCCUAUUUUUGGCUUUCCUUACAGCUUUGAACUGACCUACUUUUUACAAAAAAAAAAAAAUGAAGUGCCUGUACCUAUUUUAUGUUCCAUGAGCCCACUGAGUCGUGGAUGUGCUUUAAUGUGAGUUUCAACCCACUGAAAUGUGAAACAUUCGAUUUUAACAUUGUGUAUUUAGUUGUAUGUAUCCGUCAUUAUUUGUCCUCUAUGGAGCCCCCUUUAUAAACUCUUGAUGUGUUGAAAUCGAAGUGACUAAGAAUGUUCCCCUUUGAAUACAAAUUAGUGAAUGCCUCAGCUUUAUUUACUUGAUGUAUGAAUAAAAUGAGGUUGGAAUAAGCACCAACACUCAGCCAAACACACCUCGCAUGUUUGUAAACCUCUCAGACAAUCUGAAGCUUCUCUGUGCAUGAGAGGUUUCAGUGUUUAAAAAAAAUGCAUAUAUAAAACAAAGGUUUAUAUUGUAAACCAGCAUUUAUUUUUUAUGAUUUUAUGAUCAAUAUAAUGCAUAUAGAUGAGUGAUAUGAUUUUGGUACAUAUUUUGAUGCGGGGCUUGACUUUGAUGAGGUGUGUGCUGCUGUGAUGAACAUAUCUCAAUAAUAUAUAGAUUGUAUUUAUCGAAGACAUAAGCUAUAUGGUAAAGUUGAGACCGUUUACAAGCAGGUCUUGGGUUGUUUGGCUGAUGUGAAAAGGGGCAGUCUAACCUCAUUUCCUGAAGUUGGCUCUUCUACUCUGUUAUAACAAAAACAUAUCCGUUUUUUCCUCUUUUUGUAUUAUAUAACUGAUCAUCUGAUUUGUCCACAUUGUGUAGAUUACAUUUUGCAUGUGUGACUGCAGCCUCAAAUAAAACAGCUGCUACAUUUACUUGGAUGGCUAUGUUGCUGAUUCAUGCUCAGUGCAGCAGCACUGCGUGUAUGUUUUUAUCUUUGCUCUUUAAUGUUCCGUGUGUUUUACCUGAUGUGUGCUGGGUCUUCAGUAUAGUCAUAGCUGGUGAACAUAACAAAGGGCUUCACAUUCCAUCCCGUUCGCUAAAUGUCAAAUAAAAGUAUACACACAUUUGUCUGUUUUCUGCUCGCUGUAGCUCCAUCUGUUGAAUGGAUCUGACAGAAACUCCUCAGACUCCAGCUGAGGAAACGAUAUCACAUUCGAGCCAGUUGAUGUUUUGCUGUAUCAGCGAUGUAGACUUGUAGGAAAUGCCACACUGCCUCACUGUUAUUGCAACAGAAUAAACAAUAUGUCAACUUGAUGUAUGUAUUUGAAAUAACACUUCAGAACAGUCAAACUGAAGCAGCUCGGUUGAUGUUGACUUACAUAUCUAUCUCUCUAUCUGUGUACAGAUUUCUCUAAAGCCUGUGUUGAGAUUAAGAUGAAAAGCUUUCAUCGGUAGCAAUGACAUCAAACUGCAGUCUACUUGUUCUCUCUUUCUCUGCUACAUUGUGUGGAUAGUGACUUGUGUGUUAGUAAACUCUUUGUACGACAGGAAAUUUGUUUCAUAUUUGUAUUAAGUUUUGUUUUAUUAAAGGUUUUAAAAUGCCCUCUA